AUGAAGCUCAAUCCGACCAAGUGUGCCUUUGUAGUCUCCUCGGGGAAGUUCCUUGGUUUUAUGGUAAAUAACCGUGGGAUUGAAGCUAACCCAGAGAAGAUAAAGGCCGUGCUCGAGAUCGAGGUGCCCAAGACUCUAAAACAGCUUCAGUGCCUCAAUGGCAGGAUUGCAGCCUUGAAUAGGUUCGUGUCAAGAUCAACGGACAAGUGUCUUCCUUUCUUCAAGGUUCUUAGGAAGAAUGGACCAUUCGAAUGGACGGUAGAGUGUGAGCAAGCACUAGAGCAGUUAAAGAACUAUCUCUGCUCGGCACCUCUACUCGCAAAACCAUUGCCAGGAGAGAAGCUCCACUUAUACCUAGCAGUAUCUGAUUGCGCCGUCAGCUCGGCCUUGAUCAAGCAGGAGGGUGCGCGCCAAAGUCCCGUUUAUUACACCAGUAAGGUCAUGACUGAGGUCGAGACCAGAUACCCCCAAAUAGAGAAGCUGGCCCUCGCUUUAGUCACCUCGGCCCGAAGACUAAGGUCGUACUUCCAAGCGCACACUAUUAUAGUACUUACAAACUUACCCCUCAAGAAUAUCUUUCUUAAGCCUGAAACAUCAGGACGUCUGAUGAGGUGGGCAUUGGAAUUAAGCGAGUACGACAUCCAGUUCGGGCCUAGAACCGCGUUAAAAGGGCAAGCAGUGGCGGACUUCAUCGCGGAGCUUACCCCACCGUCCCAGUCAACCGAGUCCGACCUCUCGUGGACGAUCUAUGCUGAUGGAUCUUCCAAUGAGAGGGGGUGCGGGACUUCAAAUAAUGAAGCCGAGUAUGAAGCACUUCUAGCAGGCCUGUGCGUUGCCAGAGGACUAGGGGCCGUGCACAUCAAGGUCUUUAGUGACUCCCAAUUAAUCGUAAAUCAGGUUAAGGAGGAGUACCAAACGAAGGACGCCCGAAUGGAAAAGUACCUCAGCAAGGUCAGAUCGCACCUCGAUCAGUUCAAGACUUACGAGGUGAGUCAAGUUCCAAGAUCUGAAAACUCCAAUGCGGAUGCCUUAGCCAAAUUGGCGUCAGCAUAUGAGACCGACCUGGCYAGAUCGRUCCCGGUYGAGAUCUUGGACAGUCCUUCAAUCUUGGAGCCAGAUGUGAUGGAGGUUGACACUCCAUCACCCUCUUGGAUAGACCCAAUCGUGGAGUUCAUCAAAGGAAGUUCACCGCAAGAACCGAAGGAGCAAAAGAAGAUGGCAUGGAGAGCAGCUCGGUUCACACUCCGUGAAGGAACGUUGUACCAACGUGGCUUCUCCCUGCCUCUGCUUAAGUGUGUUACUCCCGAAGAAGGCCUUUACAUUCUUAGAGAAAUCCAUGAAGGAGUGUGUGGAAACCACUCAGGCGCCAGGUCGUUGUCAGAUAAGGUGGUUCGACAGGGGUACUAUUGGCCCACUGUGGAGCAGGAUGAAAAGCAAUUUGUGAAAGCUUGUGACAACUGCCAGCAUUUCGCAAACAUUAUCCAUCAACCUCUCAAACUGCUCACCUCCAUCUCGGCCCUAUGGCCAUUUGCGCAAUGGGGGGUAGACAUCAUAGGUCCUUUUCCCCUGGGCAAAGGACAAACAAAGUUCGCCGUUGUCGCUGUGGACUACUUCACUAAGUGGGCCGAAGCCGAGGCACUAUCCCACAUCACAGAGUCCAGAGUCACAUCUUUCAUAUGGGCAAACAUUUUAUGCUGCUUUGGUAUACCCAAUGCUAUUGUGACGGACAACGGAAAGCAGUUUGACAAUGCAAAGUUCAGGGACUUUUGCAGAAAACUGGGCAUAAGCCACCUCAGAAAUUCGGUCCUCUAA